AGUUUAAUUUUCUUCCUUUUAGGUGCGGAAUGGCCACAUCAAAAGAAUCACUGAUAAUGACAUCCAGUCCCUGGUGCUGGAGAUUGAAGGAACAAAUGUCAGACCAGAAGUAGAUCUUCUCUCACUGGAAGAACUGCCUCAGAUCCACUGGUCUGGUUUUGCUUUUCAGCACCACAUACAUCACGUGCCCUGCAGACCCAAAGAAGACAUUAGGAAUUAAACUUCCAUUCCUUGUCAUGAUUAUUAAAAACCUGAAGAAAUACUUUACUUUUGAAGUACAGGUACUAGACGACAAAAAUGUGCGUCGGCGAUUCCGGGCAAGUAACUACCAGAGCACCACCCGGGUGAAACCCUUCAUCUGCACCAUGCCCAUGCGGCUGGAUGACGGCUGGAACCAGAUUCAGUUCAACCUGUCCGACUUCACUCGGCGGGCGUACGGCACCAACUACAUCGAGACCCUGAGAGUGCAGAUCCACGCCAACUGCCGCAUCCGCCGGGUUUACUUCUCAGACAGACUGUACUCAGAGGAUGAACUGCCUGCGGAGUUCAAACUCUACCUCCCGGUUCAGAACAAGGGGAAGCAAUAACUAGAAUGCAACUCAAGGGAUAGACCCUGGACCCAACUCUUAGUUUUAAAGGAAACUAUCUGGAGGACAAUGCAGAAAAACAAAUAUUUCUAUUAGUUCACUGUGCUGUGGUUCUUUUGUCUACUCCUUGGUGUCCCUUGUCGCGGACACAGUGACCAUGUCGUACGUAACGCAUCGUAAGUACAGUGGGGAGGCGGGGCUGCUGGCAUUUUUCCCGCUGCCACCCCAGCGCGUGGGAGAUACUUCCCACGAGCUUACAGAAUUAAAAGUGUCCAUUUCAGACCAAAA